UAAACGUUUUGUUAUUAGUCUAUUCUUAUGUAGUAUAGAGCGAAGGGCUGCGGGACUGUGGAGAGCAAGCGAAUUAGUCACAUGGCUCUCUCCAUAUUUGUGUGCGUCUUAAUUUGUGGUCAGUGUAAUAUGCUAAUUGUGCCUCAUUUUGUUUGUGCUACGCAUGUUACAGACAAGCGGGAUCACGCAACUUGUUGCCCAUUGUUCGUUAUUUCAUUACACUUGCAGUUUACCUUUGGCCUGCCUGAGAGGAAAUCAACCCCAACUGUGAAGCCACUUUUGUGUCCCAAUCUCGCGUAACCACCAGAACACAACGCACUGUAGUCGGAUGUGUGGACCGCUCAGGCUACACUUGAUGCAAACAAAAUGGAUGGCGUAGCGGUGAGUGGCGAAGAGGCAAGUGGGGAAGAGGCGAGUCGAGGAGAGGCGAAUCCCAAAGAGGCGAGCGAGAAAGAGGCAAGUCCCAAAGAGGCGAGUCCCAAAGAGGCGAGCGGGAAAGAGGCGAGUCCCGAAAAGGCGAGCCCGAAAGAGGCGAGUCCGAAAGAGGCGAGUCACGAAGAGGCGAGUCCCAAAGAGGCGAGCGGGAAAGAGGCGAGUCGCGAAGAUGCGAGCGGGAAAGAGGCGAGUGAGAAAGAGGCGAAUGGGAAAGGGGCUGCGGAUGUGGAGGACAGCGUUCCAGACCCAAAGCGUGUCAGUGCUGAGAGCAUUGAAAUGAGUGUAUUAUAUGAUGUUCCUGUGAGAGAAGACGAAUCCAAAUGCAAAGUCACGUUGUGCAUGCCAGGGCAAGCUUUUUGGUGUUUCCUUGGAUUUCUUAUCAUGUUCAUUUGUAUAUUGAGUGGCCUCUAUGUAAACAAUUCCAAGUUAAAUCAGUUGAAAGAACGGCUGAAUUCCAGUGAAGAAAACAUUCGGCUCCACAUAAAUAUGUUACUGAACCACAUUCCCCAAAAAAUGGAAAGCAUAGAAAUACAAUUGGAUGGUCUGUUUCAACAGCAGCGGGAGCUGAAGGAAUACCUUCGCGCUAUUGACGCUGAAUAUUCUGGAACAGUCGUAAUAAAUGCAAUUACGAAAAUGGAUGAACUACUGCUCAAGUAUCACAAACUGGAGGAUAUGACCUCUGUUGUCGCUGAGCUGAAAGCUGCGGAAGCUCUGCUACAAGAGCAACACAAGCUGCUUUCGGAAGGGCAGGAGAAGCAAACUGACUUGAUAUACUUGUAUUUUUGCGGUGCAGAUGGAGCAGAAAAGGUACCGCUGAUGUGCUGCAAGAACGGCUGGGCCAAAUAUGCUUCAAAUUGCUACGGAAUUUCUGACGGAGAAGAAACUUGGGAAGAUGCCAGAGACGACUGUAAGGCCAAUAACAGUGAGCUAGCUAAAAUUGACAACGCUAAAGAGCAGGAGUUCCUAACCAAACUUGUUCAUGCAUACAAAGAACAAAAGAAAAUAAAGCCCGAAAAGAUCAACACCUACGGAGCGUGGAUUGGCCUGUCGGGCAAAGAAGGGCAAUUCAAGUGGAUUGACAACAGCACACUCUCGACUGAAACAUUUUGGAACGCUCAAAGGCCACGCAAGAGGAAUGAAGAUUGUGUGGCCAUUAUGCCCCCGCCUGACACAAAGGGCGCUGGGUGGUAUAAAAGCUGGAAUCCCCUCAUGUGCAAUGAAAAGCGAUACUAUUUGUGUGAAAGUUGUGUGUUUUGCAAAAAUGAUUCCAAAGAUUCAAACUGAGGUGGUCGUGGUCAGCCAAAAUGCCACCCAUCAGCAUCCUUGGAUGAGACUGAUCAGCACCUGCUACCGGUUUCCUUUCUUUUUUGUCACGUGACAAACUGCAACUGCAAACUUGGCAGCUCCCAUUGAUGUUGUCAUGAUUAUCAGUUUAUUUUUGAAAGGGGACAAUGCAAUUUCAUAAAACACAUGAAGUACACAUGGUUAAAAAAGCCAGAAUUAGCCAGAAGGCUAGUUUUCAUCUGUAGUCCCCUGGUCAUGAUGUAAAAAAGCAGUAAAAUACAACUAUAAGACAAUAUAAUACAGGAUACAUAAUCAAACUAUACUAUUAAGAGAGAAUAAAACCAUAAUUUUUUUGAUCAUAACAAAAAGACAACAUAACAUACUUGUCUUUUAGUGUUGGCAGCUAUAGGUGUUAACUAGCCACAUUUUCAGUUUUUUUGUGAAGGCCUUGUAUGUUGUAAGCAGUUUAACCUCCUCAGGUACUGACUUCCACUCACCAGCGCUCCUCACUGACCAGGCUGACUUACUGAAAGUGCUCCUGCGCAGAGGAAUGAGACAGUCACCUCUGACAGAGCCUCGAGUGACACGCUCAGAGCUGUUUCUUUGGCUGAUAAACUCAGCCAGAGGAGCUGGAGCCAAAUCAUGCAGUACUUUAUAAAUCAAAUUUAAAUCUGCAAAUAUGUGAAGACUGUCCCAGUUUAAAAGACUGUAUUUUUUUAAAAUUGCACAGUGAUGAUAGUGCCUUGGUUUUUUAUCCAUCACUUUAAUUACUUGUUUGUACAAAACUUCCAAUGGUUUUUUUGCAUUCUGACCAGCCUGGGACCAACUGGUUAUGCAAUAGUUAAAGUGACUAAGAAUCAUCGAAUGCAGGUAAAUUUUUGCAGCUUCAGUUGACAUUUCAUUCCGAAUUGCUCGAAAAUUUGCGAGGUUUAAUUUGAUAUUUUUACACAAUUUGUCAAUAUGGGCUUUAAAGGAAAGCUGUGAAUCUAUUAUUAACCCAAGAUAUUUGUAUUGGCUGACAAUUUGCAUUUUUUCUCCAUUAACAAGUAUGUCGGGGUCAGGUGAUACUCUAUUUGUUUUAGUGAAAUACAUGCCUACAGUUUUAGAAACGUUUAGCUGUAUACAGCACUCCUGCAACCAAGUUGUGACACAGGACAUUGUAUAAUGUCAGGACAACAUUUUCUUGCUUAAAAAGGGCAAUGAUGACAACAAAGUACAGUAAGGAGGAACGAUGGCAAGGGGUGCCGGCUGCUUAUCGAGCUGGCGCUUCUGCGGCGUAUCUUUUUGCUCAUCUGAUUGGCCGGUGAUAGAUGUGACAGAUCAAUUUUAUCCAAUCACGCUCAGUGUUUUAUGGAAAUUGGAUCUUUCUUAGAAUCACAGCUGAAAUAUAACUUUUUGGAGACAAACCUGUCCUGUAUAUUAGGUUAUACGUAUUGUAAUGUAUGUUUUUUUUAUUUUUAUUGAAACGAUAGCUCGUAAUUUAAAAACAUACAAAUGAAUCAGAUGUUUUAAUCUGCACAAAUACCUCGCUGCAUAAAGUCCUGCAUUGUACAUAAAAGCAACUUUGUUUAUUCAUGAAUAGGGAUAUACAGCAUGUGUGCCAGAUUUUGCUGCAGUUCCCGACUUUGUAAAUACUUGGUUAGAGUUACAGAUUACCCUGUUGAAAAUGUAAUAGUAGUUUAAUGAUUUCAAUUGCUUUCUCAAAGUAAUAUAACCAACGAUUUUGAUUACUUUUAUUAAUUUUGAAUGGAUGCAUCAACAGGACCCUUGGAGGUUUCCUGAAAAAAAAACAAAAAAAA